AUGGCUCCGCAAGGUAGUUCCGGUGAAAUUUCUCGCAAAAGAUCACCUUCGCCGGAUUUUAGCGAUUGGGAAGGCCGCUACAACCUACGCAGCAAGAAAGCGAAAGUAAAAAAUGAGUGGGGUUUCUUAGCACUGCCACAAGAGGUACGGAACAUGGUCUAUGGCCUAGCUUUCGUACAAAGUCGAAUCACUGUCUACUGGGAUCCCCGAAAUAAACGUUUCCGACACAGUGGCUCUAGCUCUCUCCUACACACCUGCAAGACAACUCUCGCCGAAGCAAGAGCUAUGCUGGACUACUCGGCUUCAUUCGAGAUCGAGGACAUAGAGUACCUCGAAAUGUGGCUGAAAGGAAUCGGAAUGAGAGUUCUCAACCUACGCGUCAUCAAGUUGACACGGUCAUUCCAAGCAGCCUUUGUGCGAAAACGCGGGAUUGGAAACUUUCGAGUGUGGAAACAGAGAGAGUAUAGGGCUACCUCGCGACGGGUUGCUCAACUCCUCAGCGGCUGUCAGCAUCUUGAAAGUCUGGAUCUGGGCUACUUUUACACCACGAAGUACCAGAAGACCACGCUCAUUGAGAUGCAAGAUAACCCUAGGGAUUGGAAAGUUCAGAUACGACUUCUGACCGAGAUGGUGUUUGAGGAUCUGUUGCUCCUCUUGCAGGGGGCCAAGUCUUCCGGAAAGACUCUGGAUCAAGUGGUGAACUUACUCAAGAUUCAUCCCAACAACUUCGAGUCUAUUACAAUGUACUACCAUCUAAAGAAAGGAAAGCCCGAGCGAGAGGCAGCUCGUCACAUGAAGGUACUGGUUGAGAAGUUUAUUGGAAGUUGA